AUGACCCAUCGUCGCCUUCCCUCUCUUCUUGUUCUGUCACUUCUCGUCCCCAUCGCCGCGUACAUCUACUACCACUACAUGGCCACCAUCACGAAGCCUAGUGCCGCCAUCGUUGUUGGAUCUGGCCUUGCUGGCCUCUCUGCCGCCUUUCAACUCGUCUCCCAUGGCGUUCCCGUCCGUAUCCUCGAUCGCGCGGCGAAGCCUGGCGGCAACUCUAUCAAAGCAUCGUCGGGCAUUAACGGCGCCCCGACACGUUUUCAAAGCGUCUCCGACAACACGUUCCUCGACGACACCAUUCGUUCCGCCGGGCCUGCCUUCGCGAACGCGCGAGAGCAGCGCGAGAAACUGGUUUCCACACUCGUGGAUAGGUCGCCUAGCGCCAUCUACUGGCUGAACGAUGAGCGGGGGAUCGACCUCAGCGUAGUAGCGCAACUGGGCGGACAUACGGUACCGCGCACGCAUCGCCCCGCAAAGUCGACCGUUGGCGCCAGCAUCGUCAUGACGCUACUCAACGCGCUGAAAGAGAAUCCCCUCUUUCAGCUUGAAACUGAAGCUCGAGUAACGCGGGUGCUCAAGUCGGGAGGGCGCGUAACAGGGGUCGAGUACUCGCUCAAGGACGAAACGAAGGAAUUGUAUGGUCCAGUCGUGUUCGCGUCGGGAGGGUUUGCAGGAGACGCGAACGGCAUGCUCGCAACCUAUCGGCCCGAUCUUGCCGGCUAUCCUUCGACCAACGACCCGCGGGAAGGCACGCAGAGCCUGCUAACAGACGUUGGCGCUCAAUUGCUGGACAUGGAGAUGGUGCAAGUGCAUCCUACGGGUUUCGUCGACCCUAAGGCUCCGGCGUCGCCACUCAAGUUUCUCGCCGCGGAGAUACUGAGGGGUGAGGGCGGAGUCCUGUUGAUGGAGGGGAAGAGGUUCGUGAACGAGAUGGAGACACGGCAACAUAUCACGAAUGCUAUCACAAAGCAUAAGCCUGAGGAGGGAGAGGUCAAACAGUGGGACGUGGAGGUCGUUCUAGACGAGGGGACGUACAACGCCGCGCAGACGCAUCUAGGCUUCUAUCUAUGGAAGGGCUUGAUGCGCAAGACGACGGCCGCGGAGCUCGGCGCAGACGUUAUCCCCUCUCUACAAGAGUAUGCCGAUGCGGCAUUGGGGCGGAGCCCAGAUCGCUUUGGGCGUGCUGCCUUCGGACACUGGACUCUGGACAAAGUGGAGCCGGAUUCGGUUCUGUACAUAGGGAAGGUAACGCCAGUGGUACACUUCACGAUGGGCGGGGUCAUCAUCAGCGAGAAGAGUGAGGUCCUAGACGGAGAGGGAAAGGCCAUACCGGGCUUGUGGGCGGCGGGCGAAGUCACCGGCGGUAUCCAUGGUGAGAAUAGGUUGGGUGGUUCGAGUUUGCUGGAGUGUGUUGUCUUCGGAAGGAUUGCAGGAGACCAGGCCGCGGAGGCAUACAAGGGCGUAUGA